AUGGCUGGAGGCCCCUGGCUGCACACCCUGCUCCUGGCCUUGUUGAGCGGGCUCCCAGCUGAGGGGACAUGGGCCAGCCUGACCCGCUUCGCCCCAGCCCGCCCAGCAGCCCUGCUCCUCCGGCGCCUGGGAGAGCACGUUCGGUGGCUGCGGGCCAGCACGGGCCCAGACUCAGGUGCCAGGGCAGGGUGGCUGCAGCAGCCGCUGGACCCCUUCAACUCAUCCGACGGCCGCACCUUCCUGCAGCGGUACUGGGUAAAUGACCGGCACUGGGCUGGCCAGGACUCCCCUGUAUUCCUGCACCUGGGGGGUGAAGGCAGCCUGGGCCCCCACUCUGUGAUGACAGGGCACCCUGCAGCCCUGGCCCCAACCUGGGGCGCCCUGGUGGUAAGCCUGGAACAUCGGUUCUACGGCCUCAGUGUACCUGUGGGGGGCCUGGGCCUGGCCCAGCUGCGCUACUUGUCCAGCCGUCAUGCGCUGGCGGACGUGGCCUCGGCCCGCCUGGCACUAUCGCGCCUUUUCAACGUGACCUCCGCCAGCGCCUGGGUCUGCUUCGGGGGCUCCUACGCCGGCGCCUUGGCAGCCUGGGCCCGGCUGAAGCUCCCGCACCUCGUCGCCGCCGCCGUGGCCUCCUCCGCCCCAGUGCGGGCCACGCUGGACUUCGCCGAGUACAACGCGGUGGUGUCGCGAAGCCUGGCGAGCGCGGUGGUCGGUGGGUCUCCCGAGUGUCUGGCCGCCGUGUCCGCGGCCUUCGCCCAGGUGGAGCGGCGGCUGCGCGCGGGCGGGGCGGCUCGGGCGGCGCUGCGCUCCGAGCUGGGCGCCUGUGGGUCCCUGUCGCGCCCCGAGGACCGCGCGGAGUUGCUGGAAGCGCUGCAGGCCUUGGUCGGCGGCGCGGUGCAGUACGACGGGCAGGCGGGGGCGCCGCUCGGCGUGCGCCAGCUCUGCGGAGACCUGCUCAAGGGCGCGCGCAAUGGCACCUACCCCGAGGCGUAUUUCGGGCUGCGACUGGCAGCUCAGGUGGCCAUGCACAGCCUGGGACAGAGGUGUCUCAGCUCCUCCCGAGCACAGACCAUCGCCCAGCUGCGGGCCACGGAGCCCCAGGUGUCUGGCGUGGGUGACCGGCAGUGGCUGUACCAGACGUGUACGGAGUUUGGCUUCUAUGUCACCUGCGAGGACCCUGAGUGUCCUUUCCCCCAGCUCCCAGCACUGCCCUCACACGUGGAGCUAUGUGAGCAGGUGUUCGGGCUCUCAGCCUCAUCCAUAGCCCGUGCUGUGGCUCAGACGAAUACUUACUAUGGGGCUCAGGCCCCAGGAACCACCCGAGUGCUGUUUGUCAACGGCGACAUGGACCCUUGGCACGUGCUGAGCGUCACUCAGGCCUCCGGCCCCUCAGGGGCAGCCUUGCUCAUCCCUGGGGCCUCCCACUGCGCAGACAUGGCCCCCGAGAGGCCCUCCGACCCCAUGAGCCUCCGCCAGGCUCGCCAGAGCAUCUUGCAGCAGCUGCAGACCUGGCUUGGGCAGGUGAAAGAGGAGAGCCAGCAGGGGGGCCUGGCCUGAGCCACCCUAAACCAACGCCUGGGGUGUGGGGUUCCACUCCUGACCAGCAUGUACCUUGCUUGUCUGCAGCCCCAACUCCGAAGUAAAGG